AUGGCUCUCAAGGAGACUCAAUACCGGAGAGGAGUAAAAGAUUGGUGUCUUCCUUUACCCAAGCAAAACUAUCAACUAGUUCCACACAGGAAAACACACGAUGGUAACGCAAAUUGCGGGGGAGUGAUACGCAAUGAGGAAGGACGAUGGAUGCUCAGAUUUUUAAAACACAUUGGUUGCUGCUCGAUUCUAGAAGCGGAGGGAGUAUAUGAAGGCUUACAUAGGGCUUGGAAUAGGGGCGCUCGGAAGGUAAUCCUUGAAACUGAUAGCUUGGAGGUAAGGAACCUAUUCCAACAAGAUAACGAUAGAAAUAGAACUACCACUUUACAUCACCACAUAGAGAGCCUACUAAAGAGAGAUUGUGAGGUCAAAUUCGAACACAUUUAUCGAGAAGGAAGCAGGAUAGCCGAUUGUACGGCAAGACUGGCCGGAGAUGGAGAUGGAGGAAUAAAGCUGUUCGUCACAUCACUGGAGGCAGUCCUUGAUCUGCUCCAGGAGGAAGGAGGCAUUUAG